UUUCGCUCAUUUUUGCUCGUUUUGCAGAUUCUUUGAAAAUGGCGGGUAAUUCUCCCCAUGGUGGAGGCUUUCCGGGUGCCGGGGACGAUUUUGAUCCUAUGACUUUGCCCCCGAGGGUCCGACCUUUUAUUCCCGGGAGGUACGCUCCGCCAGCACAUGUCCUUCCUCGUGCCGUUUUCCGUCAUUUCACUGAUUUUGAUGAGCGAGCGCCUGGGGAUCUGCUUCUCCGAGAGCCAGAGCAUCACCUCUCCCAUGAGGCCCGAGAGCCUCCGGCUGAGUAUGUGGACGAGAUUCUCGGGGUGAUGGCCGCACUUGAGGGCAUGGUCCUUCGGAGAGAGACACACCUAUCCGUUAUGGGUGUGCAGAUGCCUCCUGUAUAUGCUCAACCGUGGGCCGGGCCACCUGGGCCUCCUUGGGGA